CCCUCCUUCCCUCCCUCCCCGGCUAGCCCGGCCCGCCCUGCCCGGCCCGCCCUGCGAGUCAGUUCGCUCGUUCCCUCCCUCCCCCGGCGCGCUCGGGCCGCCACAACGCUCCCCGCCCUAGAGCUCGUGGUGCCGGAGUCGCCCGCCGCCCGAGGAGGAGGUGGAGGGAGCCGGAGGGGCCCGCCGAAGCGGCGGCGGCGGCGGCAAGAUGGCGGACUUCCUGCCGUCGCGGUCCGUGCUGUCCGUGUGCUUCCCCGGCUGCGUGCUGACGAGCGGCGAGGCCGAACAGCAGCGCAAGUCCAAGGAGAUCGACAAAUGCCUGUCCCGGGAAAAGACCUACGUGAAGCGGCUCGUGAAGAUCCUGCUGCUGGGCGCGGGCGAGAGCGGCAAGUCCACCUUCCUGAAGCAGAUGCGGAUCAUCCACGGGCAGGAUUUCGACCAGCGCGCGCGCGAGGAGUUCCGCCCCACCAUCUACAGCAACGUGAUCAAAGGUAUGAGGGUGCUGGUAGACGCUCGAGAGAAGCUUCAUAUUCCUUGGGGAGAUAACUCAAACCAAGUCAAUGGAGACAAGAUGAUGUCAUUCGACACCCGGUCCCCCCUGGUGGCCCAGGGAAUGGUGGAAACCCGAGUUUUUUUACAAUAUCUUCCUGCUAUCAGAGCAUUAUGGGCAGACAGCGGUAUACAGAAUGCCUAUGAUCGGCGUCGAGAAUUUCAGCUGGGUGAAUCUGUAAAAUAUUUCCUGGAUAACUUGGAUAAACUUGGAGAACCAGAUUACAUUCCAUCACAACAAGAUAUUCUGCUUGCCAGAAAACCCACCAAAGGCAUUCAUGAGUACGACUUUGAAAUUAAAAAUGUUCCUUUUAAAAUGGUUGAUGUAGGUGGUCAAAGAUCAGAAAGAAAACGUUGGUUUGAAUGCUUCGACAGUGUGACAUCAAUACUUUUCCUUGUUUCCUCAAGUGAAUUUGACCAGGUGCUUAUGGAAGAUCGACUGACCAAUCGCCUUACAGAAUCCCUGAACAUUUUUGAAACAAUCGUCAAUAACCGGGUUUUCAGCAAUGUCUCCAUAAUUCUCUUCUUAAACAAGACAGAUUUGCUUGAGGAGAAGGUGCGAAUUGUGAGCAUCAAAGACUAUUUCUUAGAAUUUGAAGGGGAUCCCCACUGCUUAAGAGACGUCCAAAAAUUCCUGGUGGAAUGUUUCCGGAACAAGCGCCGGGACCAGCAGCAGAAGCCCUUGUACCACCACUUCACCACUGCUAUCAACACGGAGAACAUCCGCCUGGUGUUCCGGGACGUGAAGGAUACCAUUCUUCACGACAACCUCAAGCAGCUUAUGCUCCAGUGAUGUACAAAAGACUGGCUGUUUUAAUACCUUUUUUGUCUUUUUGAUUGUUUUCUGUUUUGUGUUUGUUUUUGUUUUUUUUUUUAAAUAGUUUACAACAGGAAUUAGGAAAAUCUUGAUCCUCUGUUUAACUUCUUGGAAAUCUUAGUCCAUCUCCUGCGGACUUUGGUUUGUGGCUGAAAGCUGCUGAAUAACACACCGGCAAUAUCUGCUCAAAUUCAGGCUUUGAUCUGUUUCACUAUGGCUUCCCUUAGAGAGGAGAUGUCAUUUCCUGCCAAACCUCAGACAAGGUAUCUAUUUCAGGCUUUAAAUUCUUCCACUUUUCAAAUUGAAUGCUCCUGUAGUGCCAAGUGAAGGUGUCCUUAAAUAUUCGUAGGUAUGAGGUUAAGAAUGUUCAGUUCUAAAACAAGUGAAGACAUCUUUUGUCCGCCCUACACAGAGCAGCCACACGUGUGCCUGGUAUCAUGGUGACUUAUUUUGAAAGGGCUAUUAGAACAAAUUUUGAACUUAGGAAUAAUGCGCUAUAGAUUUACACAGAUUUAGCCUUCAUGUAUUUUUUAAUUGCUCAUAUACACAACAGUUGUUUGUUUUUCAAUUUCUGUGGUUUCUUAAGGUAAUGUUUUUAGUGUUUUAAAGUUUACAUAAGGAUUUCUGGUUUGAUGCUAACGAAAGUUCACCAGUGGUACGGGGAAGCAAAAGGCAAGCAAGUGCCAUAUGUAGUGUUUUGAUCAAAGUUACUAGUGAAAUACAGUUCACCCUUCUCAUAUUUAUAUACCAUGUACUAAAAGUGCCAUAUGUGGAACAUUCUGGCCAUGGCAGCAACUAAAAAUUGCAAGCAACGUGAUAACAGAAUUUUUUAAAUAACCUUUUCCAGAAUGUUAAGUUCACUCUCAGUCUUUUAAAUCCUGUCUCAGAUGAUUUGGGGCCUUACUGUAGGAAAUCAUUGUUAUACCAUCACAAACGUCUUUUCUUUUGCUCCCCUGUCUAUUCCCAUCAGCUCAGACUGUGGCAUUCAGGGGAUUUUUAUUCACUUGGAGCUGGCCAAAGGCAGUCUUUUCUUGUCACACUAUUCAAGAAGGUAUUAUUUCAGACUUCUAUUCAACCUUGGUGUGUCUCUAAAAGAUAUAGUAUGUACAUGUUUGUAUCAUUGUUUUUGAAAUUCUGGCUCAUUGAUGUAUAUUUUGAAUGUUUUUAAGGAUACUCCUAAGAAUAAGUAGUAACAUUUGUAGUUGACACCAAAAGUUGAUUACAUUUGACCUCCUUCCAUCACUUACCAAAUGAAAACAUACCCAUGAAGUAGCUUCGCAAUUACAAAUACAUUCAUAGCAAAUUUAUGAGAAUGGCUGGUUUGCAGUGCUAAAAAUACUGCCUUGUAAGGUUAUGUAUGGUGGUAGAAUUGGAUUAGAGAAACAGAUGUACAAGGCUGGUGACAGUUUGGAAAGUAUGGCAGCUUUUCUCCUUUUCCUGAAAAUUGUGAUUAAGACUGUGAUAUCUGUCACUUGACUGUAUAGCUGACCGUGUUCUCAGGUAUUUUACUGGCUAGAAAGUUCUUGAAAGAUGGGUCAACACUAUGGCUCUUGACCUGGCUUGCUGUCUGGUGUGAGAGGAGGGCUUUUCAUUGAACUGACCCGGGAUCAUGCCUCACGUACCUGACUUGUCUUGCAUUUGAAGUCCACCCUCAUGAUAUCCAUAGUCAUUUGCAGUGUUUCCAUGCCUUGGUUAUACAUGACCUACAGGCCUGUGGCCCCGCGUGAUAACACAAGUAUUCAUAGUACAGUUCCUGCAUGUUUGCAUAGCCUACAUCUAGUGCUUCUUGGCAAAAAGAAAGCUUUGUUUGAAUCCACAGUUAGAAUAAUUGCAGUGCUAGUGAAUAUUGGAAUAUGUGUACAGUAACGUGGACUUUUUGGGGGAGAGUCUAUGUGUAAAUUUAGCAUAUAGUUUUAUUGAAUGGCCAAAACAUUAUUUAACUCCAGCAAAGGCUAAAUAAAAAAGUAAGUUCCCUGUAUGAAGAGGAAACUUAGUCUAUUUACAUUAUGUUUAAGAUCUGUGAUAUGAACCAUAAAAUGGCCUGACAAAGCGGAAGUCAUCACGUUUCCCCAUGUUGACCACCACCAAGACAUGUUAAAACACCAAAUAGAUGUAUUAUUUUGGGCAUUUUCAGUUUUCUUUCCAUGUGCAUGUGAUGUCUCAGAGUCAACAUUCUUUUUGGUAAUAUCUAGAAUAUAUUUUGAGGCAGUAAAUUACUUAUAUUUCAUGGCAGACUCGUUAAGAGAGUGGAACUGUAAGGUUCACUCUGAGGCUCUAGCCCACACUUUUUAUAUACUGUAUUUUUAAACCAUUUGAAGGAGUCGUUUUACCAAUAUCAUGAAAACCAGUUCCUUUUGAAACACCGCUAGAUGAAGAGGGAGGUGUGAAGUUCAGUGAACAAAAUUGAAAGGGCGCUCGGUUUUCACUAUGCCAAUUUCCCCCUAAUCUCUAAAAAAGUAAUUUAAAUUGGAAGCUUUUAGGUGUGUUUGAUUUUCUAAGUCUUCACAGUUAUGAUUUGGAAUAAAAUGUGCCUAAUUCUCUGUUCCAUUCUGUUCUUAAACCUGAAUGUCUUCUCGUUUAGUUCUUAUGAAAUAAUCACACAAGUGUCUUUUUUGACCUUGAAGAAAUUUAUAGUAUACAGAGUUGCCUUAUAAAGGAACACCACAAAUUUGGGCCUUGAUUUUAUAGGGGAAAGUUUUUGUUAGUGUUUUCUGCAGAUCCACAUAAUUUAAGGUGUGUCUCUGCCACUUAAAUUAUUUUUAAUACAAGGAAUUGUUGCUUUCUGCCAAAUGUUGUAUUAAGUUGAAAUCUUCAUUUCAGUCUUAUUGUCUUGAAAGGGCUCUUGAUGGCUAUAGAGAGCAACUACAACCCAAGAAGGGGAUGUGGAGUGAAAAAGACGAUGCAUUUUUGUUUUGUUUUCUUGGAAGUUUCACAGGUAUUUUAUGUGUGAAGAUCCUUGGGUGAGUCUCAGGUGAGGUUGUUUAGGGAAAUUCUUGUUCAGCUGGUAGCAGUGGUCGGUUUAAAGUAGAAGGAAGUAAGAUGACCUUAAUACCGGAAAUGGUUAGAAGUAUUGAUUUGGAUUCCACUCUGAAAUCACGUGCCCUAUAACUUUUUGUAAGAAAGAAUGAGUAAAUCUUAACUUCCAAUGUAUACCCAAAUACUUGUAUUUAUGCUUUUGAUAAAAUGUAUUUUCAGCAUUAAUGCACAUAUCCGGUUAUGCCUUAUUUACAUGAAGAAUAAAGUUACCAAGUUAUGUUUUGUUAUGUUCUGAAAGUCAAAUCACUAUUUGAGAAUCCCUCAGAUUGGUGCUUUCAUUAUAUAAUGAUACAUUUACGCAAAACCCCAAACCAAGCCAUUUGAAACAAGAUUCCCUCCGUUGCAAUUUGUAGCGAUGUUAUUUCUGUAUGUGUAAUGAGAAGGCUAAAUAUCAGUGUUAACUCUUAAUUUCUUGUUUGAAUCCAUGCAAUCAUGCUUGUAAAGCUCCAUCAGAUAUUUGUAACAAACUCCCUAAUAAAUCUAGAGAAAGCCA